AUGGCGCAAGUAAACUACCGCACGAUCAACGUCGACGUCCUCGAUCCGGAAUCCUCGGUAAACUUCCCCCUCGAGACCCUCCUGCCAGGCAAUCUCCCUCCGCCGACAAACGCCAACAACGCUGCGGCCGUCGCGUCUCAGGUGCGCCAGCUGCUCCGGGGCGGUGACCCGGAGGGAGCGCUACGACUCGUCCUGGACACGGCGCCGCUGGGCGGGGACGCGCAGGCCAAAGAGAUCCAUCUGGGGACGGUCAUCGAGGUCCUGCAGGGGAUCCGACAGGGAGAGAUGAUGCGGGUGUUGGAGGGGGUGUGUACGGGCGAGGGAGGGUCCGAUAGGGCAGACUGUCUGAUGAAGUAUAUCUACAAAGGCAUGGCCUCCCUAUCCUCGGGCACCGGCGCCCAGUCUCCAUCGUCCCGCAAGGCCGUCUCCCCCCAGCCCACCGGCACCACCGGCUUCUCUCAGAUCCAGCCGCGAAACUUUGGCGAGGGCGGCGCCGGCCAGCAGAUGAGCGUGCUGCUCAGCUGGCAUGAGAAGCUCGUCGAGCUGACGGGGUAUGGGUCGAUUGUGCGAGUCAUGACGGACCGGAGGACGAGGGGUGUUUAUGUUUAA